AUGUGCUGGCAGACAGCGCUUAGUGUGUUAAACGGAAACCUUUCCAAGCGCAUGAUCGCAACGAAACAAAAGCACCGCAAAAAGUUGGCUUCGCUUGCAAAUGCUCAACCAAUCAAGAAGAAUAGGGGGGUACCGAAAACGAUUGAGAAAUUCGUAGUGAAUUUGUCAUCAAUUCAACUGAGUGAUGAUGAAAAUGCCUUGUUGAAUAAAGGGUUAAACUUUGCCGUAGCACAAGAAAAUGCCCCAAUUGCCGAGAUAGUGAAUAAUAUCGAGAGCGCUAUACAGUUCCGGAAUUUCCCUUCCAAAGCUGCCCUGCGCUAUGAUAUUGCAAAUUCACUUCAAAAGGCUUCAAGAAAAAAGCACCGUUCAAAGGCAGAGUCUAGUGGUUGUGAAAAAGUUUUAGAACAACUGAAAAAGCGUGAAGUGGUUUUCACCCGGGCAGAUAAGGGAAACGCCGUUGUCAUCCUGGAUAAGCAAGACUACGACACCAAAGUUCGGGACAUGAUUUCAUCUGGGCCGUAUGAAGAAUGCAUGUACAAAAAUGGUAAGCCGAAAGAUCCUCUCAACAUGUUGAUCGAGGAAGCAAACAUCGCAAGGCAAAAAGUAGCGCUCCUGAUGGGUGAAGUAAAAUUAGAAAGAAAAUUUCUAGUACCGAAUCCAAAAGUAGCUUCACUUUACUGCCUCCCAAAAAUUCAUAAGAAUCCCGUUGCCAUGAGACCCAUUUCCUCGAACAUAUGCACUCCAACCGAAAAAAUGGCAGCUUGGUUGGUCGAGGAAAUGAGAAAAUACCCAGUAAAACAUGGAAAAAGUGUCAAGAAUUCGGUGGAGCUAGUUGAAAAAUUGAAAAACUUCAAAGUGCGUCGAGGAGAAAUCUUAGUCUCGUUUGACGUCUCCGCACUCUUUCCUAGCGUCCCCAUUCCUGACGCCUUGCGCAGCCUACGUAGACACCUAGAUCGACGCCGAGCACCACCAAACAACAUAGAAGCGUACGUGACCGUAGCUGAGGUUUGUAUGAACCAAAACUUCUUCCUAUUCCGGGGUAAGUUCUAUAAGCAAACCUUCGGACUAAGCAUGGGGAGCAAACUUUCCCCUUUGCUAGCUGAAUUGUUUAUGAGCGAUUUUGAACACGACCUCGAAAAAAGCGAAAAACUUUUCCCCCGAGUUUGGUGGCGAUAUGUAGAUGACAUCUUCGCCACGGUCAAAGAACGAUAUCUCUCACAAACCCUGGAGCUGUUGAACUGUCAACACAGUUCGAUAAAAUUUACCGUGGAGAAAGAAAUAGAUGGAAAACUUCCAUUCCUCGAUUUGUUAAUCUCUAGGAAAGAUGAUAGCACGGUGAAAUUUGGGAUCUACAGAAAACCAACAUCCACCGAUCGCUACAUAACAGCAGACUCCAAUCACUUCGGUGCUCAAAAACAAGCUGCGUUUCACUCCAUGGCUCAUCGUUUAUACAACAUACCUAUGGAAACCAGUGAGUUUAACAAUGAAAAAGAAAAAAUUUUAUCGGCUGCAAAUCUGAAUGGAUACGACAAAGAAUUUGUUCAUAAGAUUCUUCGCAAACACGAGAGGAAAAAGUUCCGGGCUAAUGCAACCACCUUCAAACCAGAAAAAGAAGAAUCUCAAAGAGUCAGUUUGCCGUUCUUCCCACUACUGACUAACGAUAUUCGAAAGAUUCUCUCUAACCAUGGUUUGAAAGUUGCAUACAAAAGCUCCAACACCUUAAAAGAUCGGUUGGUGUCACUGAAAGACAAAGUCCCACCGGAAGAAAGAUCCGGUAUUUACGAGAUUCCGCCGUCGCAUCGCAACGGCAAGGGUUGGGGUAACUCCUUCGAGAAAACCGUAACUCUUCCCCAACAACAACACCACCAGUUACAACUUCAGCCAGGCAAUCGUACUCCACAGCAUCUUUCACUUAAUGGCCCAUACCCGCCUAUCGGAAGUAUUAAUCUCCCAAAGCCGGUGGCCAGCUUCGGACGACGGCUAAGAGAUGAUGACGGCCAUGAAACCAGACACGCAGCCAAUCGAGGAGGGAAAUGGUUGCCGGAGAAGUGGACCAGCUACAAACGCAACGAUCGGCUGGGCACCCGGGGAAGGACUGGAAAAUAUUUGUCUAUCCAUUCGCCAACCAAGUGCGAUAAAAAUCGAAAGCCUCCCAACCCAAGCAAUGGGGCGCUGCUGCUGAAGUUGCUGCUGCUGCUGCUGUUUCUGGGCAGGCUGCAGAGGAGCAUAAAAGAUAUCAACAUACCAUUCCGGUCGCUCACACUUUUUACAACUGCUGUUAGGAAGCUCAGCUCCUAUACAAGACCUGCUGCAUCCAACCAGAAGUAG